AUGCCGCACGUCAUGACCCCUGUGAACAAUGUUUCGCGGGUUGCCAGACCAGGUGGACAAGACCGCGCGCAAUCAGAGUCUUUAUUCCUAACACCGUGGUCUGGGCAUUCCGCUGGGCUGCCUUUACUGGGUGAUGUUAUGAAUCAUCACUCGCACAAAGAUGUGUCAUUGGACACGCCUUGCCCGAAAUCAAGUCUCGACAAAGCCAUGAUUCCUAGCUCAGGGCACCACGGUAAAGCAAUCGAUGUGAUCGAGGCAAUCGUACCUGUGGUGUUGCUAACAAUCGCUGUAGCAGAUCCUUCCCAUAAGGUCACAGUCGACAAACCUGCUGUUCCGAAGCCAAACCCGACGACACUAGAUACUUCGCCACGAUUGAUCGGAGAGGCCUCUAUGCAAUUCACACAACGACAAAAAGCUGACGGCUGGCAAAGUUCUACGAAUGAAAGUUUGGCGUCGUCGGAUAAAUCACGUGUGAUAAUUCUAGGCCAAGCAUCUUCCGACGCCGACAACUUCCAAAGAGCUGUCCAGAAUAUAUCAGAUACAUCUGACUUGACCAGAAGAGCGCUACCGCUGAACACUCCUCGUCAUCCAAGCCAGAACAGCGGGCCUUCUUUUGUCCUUCACAAUGGACACGAGAAAGAUCGGGCGCAGAAGCCGGGAGAUCGUGAAGCUGAGGGCAAAUGCACUUGUACGAAUCUUCCACCCUGUUUCAGGAAGAACAUUGCCCGGCCUGAAACGUUCGCGGGCACCGAGGCGAAUUUCUUUAAACACGUCAUGCAGAUCGCAACUUGUCAGGGGCACAGUGAAAAGCUUAGACAGGCCGCUCGAGGGAUUCUUCUGGAGAGGAGAUUAGGCGGUAAACAGGAAGCGAAUGCUCGAUUUGGUGGAUCACAGCACGCCGCAACAGAUAAUCGUGAAGGCGCAGCUGUUGAUAGCUCAUUAACGACUAAUAUGACGGAGCAGAACAGAUUCACGAACAAAAACACUGAGAAUAUCUCCUUAUCUAAGAUCACUGCGACAGCCCACGUACCGCAUGAAAAGCGAUCUAAUCAGCAAAAGAAGUCCAAUGGAAAUGAACAAUCUACGACUGUGGUUAUUGAUUUGACGACGCCGAAAAAGGCUAGCAAUACUUUCGCGGCAGCUUUGGCUACUCCGAGCCCUUCGGCGCGCCGUGUGCGGCAUCAAACCGAACCACCACAGCUGUCGAAGAAACCUUCGAAGCCCACCAAGAAGGUAGAUCGGCCGCAAGAGGUCCGUUCGGGCUCUUCAAGGAACGAGAAUGCUGCCCAUCAGUCCCCAGGAACGGCAGUGAAGGGGGUCUUGACAGAUUUCAAGAACUCCUUCCAGAAGCUCGAAACUCUUAUGCAAGGCGUUAACUUCAAUCCAGGCGCGGAGGCCACCCAAACUUCACAAAUAAACCAUUCAACUCUAAAUCAGGCUUUCGUUCAGGAAAACAAUCAAGGACCUGUAAUACAGCCCCUCAACAAUGCAAACGAUCGAGGUGACCCCGUAACGCGAGCUGCCGCCCCAACACUGCCGACCCAAACCGCGCCUGCAGCUCAACAGCCACAAGACCGGCCUGUUGCAGAUGGGGUUGUGCAUCCCCAGAGGCAGAGGAAGAGGAAAACUGCCGCGGAGAGGAAAGUGCAAUACCCCCCACUGGACCCUGCACUCCCAGCCACAGGAGCGGCCUCCGAUGCCGACCUAAUUACAUAUGGCAAGAUUAAGAACGCCUACCAGCGACACGUAGCAGCCCCGUACGCUUAUUACUGGGGCGGGCGGCUCCACGCGAGUUUCAAAUAUCUUCUAGGCCGAGCUGGAACGAACGGUCUCCCAUCAUGGACUCCAGAAGAGAUCUACCGCAUCCGUUGA